AAUUCAUUUUUAUUUAAGAUUUGUUUUUAAGAAAUUAAUAUUUCUCUUAUAAUAUAUUUCUUUAGUAUCUUUAAAGAUGAAAAAUAUAAAAAAACUAUUUUAAAAGGAAAAAAAGAACUUUCAAAUAGAUUUUUACAAGUAUUCUUUGUUUAUAGAAUUUUUAAAAAUUAAUCAUACUUCAGCACUACAAAAUCUGUAGGUAUAUGAAAUUCAUUUAUCCUUAUGGGCACGUCUUCCAGAAUACCUUCUGGAAUCCUAAUAGAUCUAUCAGCUAAAACAAGAGUAAUAUUUGUGGGCUUGAAUUGAGUUAACCCGAGGGCUACUGCAAUGGAAUAAGGUAUUAAAUUCACAUUGGAGCCUAGAUCUCAGGGAGAUCUCUGAAACCGCUUAUUGUGGAUGUUGCAAUCCAAAACAAAACUACCAGGGUCUGGUUGUCUAAUUGUGAUUCUUUCAUGAAUCAUAGCACUUACUUGCUCAGAAACAAUCAUCACACUCUCUUUCGAUGGUUGGAAACCUCUGGUGACCAUAUAUUUCAUGUACUUCUUGAUUGGGGGAGAAAUCUGAAUAGCGUCACUGAGUGGCAUCUCUCGGCCGUGAUUUUUUUCAAAUGCUUUCUUGAAUACCUAUACACUCUCUCUACUGCUGGUUUGGCAGGAAUCGAGUGCCGAUCGAUAUUGUUUCCAGUUUGUCGAUCGAUAUUUAUCAUAGUCGGUCGAUCGACAUCUUUAUAUAUAAAAGAGAGUUUCUCUCACUCCUGGGCAUGACACAUAGGAUUACACUUCAUAAACUCGGAGGCUGAGAGCGUGACACGUGUCACUUUAACCAAAGUACACCGUUUCAUUUAGGCGAGAUACAUUGUCUGUUUGCUAGGCCUUAAUUACUUUUCCUUAGAAUAGUCAUGUUGAAAUUGGGCUAUAUUUAUAUUGCUUUGUUGGGCUCUACUAAUAAAAUUAACUGAAGUCCAUAAAGAUUACCUUCAUCACAUAUUAUCUUAUUAUCUAACGACGAUCUUCUGCAGCCGCAAGCGUUCAACUCCGUCUUCAUCUAACCGCAAUGAAGAACAGUGACAAAAAAAGUGUUGCAAGAAACGUUAUUUCCCGACCAAUCUCUGUUCGGAAUACAACGGAUCUCUCUUUUCGAUUGAUUUCCUCCCACCGCCUUAUGAAACCAGCACCGUUACGGAAGUCGGAAGACCUAUACAUUCAAUGAUCAUCAUUAAUGCCACCUUCCCACCACUCCUUACAUGAUGUCUCAUUCAAUACCCCCUUCUUUCUUCCAUGGUAUGAAUCUACAAUCUAUAAAUAUGUGAGAUUAUUGACGUGAAAUUCAUCAGUUCCUCCCCUCAAUCAUUAUAAUCAAUCUCUCUCUCGAUGUGGCUCGAUUUGAUUUCUCCAUGGGUGACGCUGAUGAUCUGGAAAAUUGCUCCAAGUUUGUGUUCUUUUUUUUUUUUUUUUUGGAACACACGUUUGUGUUCAUUCUCAGUAAUGGGAACCGUAUAAAAGCUGGAAACUUUGAUCCUUUCACGCAGCUUUUGUUCCUGAUUCCAGCAAAUCUUUCUUACUUAUUCAUAUUGCAAAGGUUCAUCAUGAUCUUCAUAGGAUACAUUCGUUUUAAGAAGUUGCAUUAGUAUUAAACUUUGUUUUCAACAUUAGAUUAGGCAUCUGACAUUAGUGAACCGUGCUAGAGCAUAGAGUUUGGCUAGACGUGCUGAUCUUUGUUUCAAAAAUAACAAUAAAAUUGGCAGGAAAUGAAGAAUGUAGUGGAAAACUUGAUAAACAUUAUUAUUGAAGAAUUGGCAAUUAAAGUAGUGAGGUAAGAAACAAGAGGCUGAAGGGAGGAGUUAGUGUUAGAGUAUAAUUUUUGCAAUGCUUGGUUUCCCAAAAUUAUAUAAUAAAGAAUUAGCUUCAUAUAAAUUCUAAUACUUGAACAUGUAAUUCUGUAUUGCAUAUGUAUUUUUCGUAAUCCAGAAGAACCACGAACAAAUGUUAACCGUAUGCCAUGAACUUUAUAAUUCACACAGGUAUCACGUCUAUUCAACUCUUACACUCCCAAAACGAGAAAGUAACUAAGAGGUUGAUGGCUCUUUAGCGAGUCGCUUGUGACAUAGGGUCACUUCAAAUUUUUAAUUGGCUAAAUGGGUCGCGGGAAGUGUUUAUUGUCGAAACGGGCUGCUAGGGGAGAGAGAAAUAAUUCGGUGACGAAUUUGGCCUUAUGACCCGUAAUGUUCUGGGCCGUGACCCAUGAAACUCUUGAAAGUGACCCAGACGAAACGACCCAAAGACUUAGCGACCCAAGCGGCCCAGAAGUUUCCGCACGUGUGAGUUCGAGAUUUUUUUUUUUUUUGAGUGACCGGUAGCAAAGGUUAAAGGUAAUAUUAACCAUUCCUUUUCCCGCCGUUCACUGUUUUCUGAUAUUUGUGGUAAUAUUAAUUAAACUAAUAUGUUAUAAAACGCUAACUGGGUAAUGGUGAGAAGCAGCUAAGAACUGGUGUACAACUAAAAGAAGCAACCCUACGAUAAGAAGAUAUUCCCAUCCUCUGAGGCCGUCGAUGCUUAUCCACCGUUACUGAAAAGGAUGGAAACAAUUAGCGGUGGUCGGAACGUCGGGUCAAGUAGUGGUGGCACAGGUAGUAAGGAAAUCAGGACCAACACCGGCGAAGGUACAGAGUUUGAGCUCUAAGUUUCUGUAUUUGUUUUUACAAUUGUGUGCUUCCUCUAUUUGGCAAAUGACACUAACGGGUGCUCAUGCUUGGACCGUAAGUCUGUGUAAUUCUUGCAUUGUGGUUAUGGCUGGGAGGUGGAUAAUGUUUGACAAUGGAGCUUGGGAUUUCAAGAUAGACAAUGAUAGAAUGGGUAGAGCCGUCGAUUCGUCCAGAAUUAGAGGUGCUGAGGAGUUAAAAACGUGUAUUGUAGCUGCGUAUGGGCUUUUGGGAAGGGAAGUGUUAGCCGAGAUGUCAUAUUGGCUGAAUGAUAGAGAGAGUGAAAUGGUGGGCCUAGUGGCUUCUCCCGUCGAGAUAGCAACGGACAAAGAUUUCAGGAUUUUCAAGGCGCUUCACCGGGUAGACAAAUCCGUCAAUAUCUUCGUAACAUUAAGAGAAAGUGUUGGAGGAGAAAUGAUAUUUCUAAGGUCGGAACGAGUAAUACGGGUCCAAAUGAAUUCACCCGUUCGACCUCCUGAUGAAGAUGUUGCUUUUUUGAUGGAAGUUCAGCAAAUCGAAGAACGCUACAAACGCAACUCUCAGUCUGGCGGCAUGGUUGCGACGUCAAAGGACCAAGACAAAAGCGGAGAAACUCUUGACGAUAGGAGUGGGGCUAAUUCAGAGAAUUGCGCGCAAGAAAAGGGGAAUGUUUGUGGAGAUGACUUGGCAGUGGAUAAUAGAGAGAAUAAGGAAGGCAAAGUCGAAGAAGGAGGCGCAGUAAAAACGGCGCCAUAUAAUCUGCCUCAACAAAUCUGUCUCAUAGAAGAUACGAGAACGCUACGUGUUGAACAGGUUUCAGUGGAGAAUGGAAAUAAUGGAGGAGCUCACGAAGAUGUUGUUGCAGAAGAUGAAGGCGACGAUAGCGAUUACGACUACAAUGGCUGGCAUGAUUAUUGUAGAAACGAUUGCGUGACGGACGACGACGACGAUUUUGUAGAAGGUCCAGGCAGAGGAAGAAGUGGUGGACAGUCUGGUGGGAAGGGUAUUCGGCGUCCUGGCGGUAUUGGUGGCACAGGGGCUGCAAAAUCGGCGUGUGGUAAGAAGCAACGAUCACGUGGAGGUGGAUAUAUAUCCAAAAAUAACGAUUCUUCUGUGGAAAUCACCGAUCUAGCAAGAGAUCUUGGAUCACCCUCCAGAUUGGACACAGAAGUAACAGAGACCGAGGUAGGUGUUGAUGUUGUUCUUGUGACGCCCCCUCAAUCUAAAAACAAACACACCCGGGUGACUGAAGAUAAUGAUGAUGAUGCUGUUGUUGACACUCCUAUUCCCCAGCCGGCCGCAUUUCAGGGUGAAGAAGUAUUGACGAAAGCCGGAGAUAAUGUGAGUGGUACUCCUACAGACGUUGGUUGUGCGCCCAAUCAAGCAACAGAGGCCGUUGAAAGUGGUGACAUAUGUCUCGAAACUCCCCCAAAACAAUAUAACACGCACAACCGUGAGCUCGAAGAUGAGGACGAUGUUGAUCCUCCUGUCACCGCAACUAGACAAGUUCAGGGUGGAGAAGCAUUCAUGAAAGGCAUACAAGUACCAGAUAUGUAUGGAUAUAAUGAUGUAGAUGGUGUGUAUAAUGAAAUGGAUGGAAGCAGCUGCAACCCUCUUGACAUUGACUUCAACAAGGAGGACUCUGACAUAUACGUGGGAAGGACGUUCAAGCACAAAGCGGAGUGCAAGUUGACGUUGGCUAUCUACGCAAUUGCUAAGGUGUGCACGUUUAAGCUCAGGCAUUGCAAACGCCGAUUGACGGCGAAAUGCUACGAAAAAGAAUGCAAGUGGAGAGUAGUGGCUGUUCAACUCGGUGAUUCUCCAACUUAUCUGGUUAAAAAGGCAAUUCUGAAUCAUGUAUGCGUAGCCGAUGUUAGAGGGAAGUAUAAAAAACAUGGUACAGCCAAAGUGCUUGCAGCUCUAUUGCGUUCGAAAUACGAGAGGCUCUACUCUGGGCCGCGUGCUAUGAAACUUCCGGAAAUGUUGCGAACGGAAUUCAACUAUACAUGCUCAUACUGGAAAGCUUGGAAAGCGAAAGAACUAGCGAUUGCAUCUGCGCAAGGAAUAGAGGAGGAUUCAUACAAGAUGCUACCACAGUACUUCCAUGUACUCAAGCUAGCAAAUCCUGGAACAAUCACCGAUAUUAAAACAGAAAAAGACAAAGAAGGAAAAACAAGGUUUAAGUAUGCGUUCAUGUCCCUGAAAGCAUGCAUCGAUGGAUGGAAGUACCUGAGGAAGGUGCUAGUGGUGGACGGCACCCACAUGUUUGGAAAGUACAAAGGUGUUUUUCUAAGUGCCAGCGGACAAGAUGCUAACAGCCGCGUAUUCCCGAUUGCUUUCGCAGUAGUGGAAAGCGAGAACACAUAAUUUUGGACAUGGUUUUUCGAGAGGUUAUCUACUAUUGUAGAGGAUGGUUCUGAUUUAAGUAUAAUAUCAGAUAGAUGCACAGCAAUUUUCGCAGCGAAAGAUAAAUGGUACCCACGUGCACACCAUGGUAUUUGUCUCGUACACCUCCAGCGUAACGUUAAUGAUAAGUUUAAGGGGCUGCAACAGAAAGCAAUGGUUGGCAGAGCUGGGGAUGCGUUCAGAGUUUCGGAGUUUAAGGAGAUAAUGGAGCUUAUUAAACUGACGGAUUGGAGAUGCUGGGAUUAUUUGGAGAAGAUCGACAAGAAGCUAUGGACACGUUCACAUUUCGAAGGGGAGAGAUUUAACGUGAUGACUUCUAACGCUGCUGAAUCGUUGAAUAAUGCUCUUCUGCCCGCUCGUGAUAGUCCUAUAAUGGCAUUGUUCGAGUUUAUUCGCCGGAAGCUGUGUACAUGGUAUGUGAGCAGACGCACCGAGAUCAGUAAGAUGAAGGGAAAUGUUCCAGAUAAUAUUCAAAAGAUACUGGUCGAACAGCUGGUGCUGUCAACGGGCCUUCUAGUUAUGCCAUGUUCGACUUGGUUAUUCGAAGUUACGCACAGGCCAACUAAUUUUGGUUUCACGGUUGAUCUGGAUAAACGAACUUGCACUUGCCUCGAAUUCCAAAAGCUUGAUUUGCCAUGCCGACAUGCCAUCGCUGCUGCUUCUUGCCGUAAUAUGCAGUACACCAUGUUUUUUUGCAAACACCAUCUCAAAGAGACAUGGGCUGAAACAAUUAGGGGUAUCAUACUUCCGGUUCCGGAUCCAAAGGAUGUUGAAGUCCCAGCCGAAAUACUAACGGUUGAUAUUUAUCCACCAACGACCAAACGAACGAAGGGAAGACCAGGAAUCAAACGUAAACUGUCCGCAGGAGAGAUACCGGUAAGACUGUGGUGUUGACUUUGAACAAUAAUUUCAGUAACGUAUAGUAAAUUCUCCAAUUAUACCAACUUUAUUGUUUACAUCAGGGGGGGGAGCAAAAAACAUAAGCCGAACAAGUGCUCAAACUGUUUUAAGGAAGGUCACAAGAAGACCACUUGCAAGGAAGUUAAGCCCUGAAUAGAGGAUCUACAAAAUCUGUAUUUUGAUAAAAACGACCAACCUCAUUUUGGAAUGUAUUUUUAUUGUAGAUCACCGAUGAACCUGUGCUUUUUUGGAUAUGGUGUACGGAACUAGUGUUUAGUUGAACGGGCUUUUCGUACUAAAUAUAUUAUGGUUGUAGCACAUAUUUAUUGUACACCUAUAGUUGAUCAAUAGAUGCAUAACAUUAAUAACAAAA